CAUGAGUCAGAGAGGAGCAGCACCUCAGAGGAGGACCUUUGUUGUGGGAGUGGGAACCACCAAAUUUGAGAAACCCCUCACCAAGGACUGGGACUACCCAGAUAUGGGGAGGGAAGCAGGUCUUGCAGCCUUGACAGAUGCUGAGAUAGACUACCACCAGAUCCAGGCUGUUGUGGCCAGUUACUGUUAUGGCGAGCCCACAUCUGGACAGCGAGCUGUGUAUGAGCUGGGCCUCACUGGUGUGCCUGUCUUCAAUGUCAACAACAACUGCUCCUCAGGAUCCAGUGCCCUCAUGCUGGCACGUAGGCUAGUUCAGAGUGGAACUGAAGACUGUGUUCUAGCCUUAGGCUUUGAAAAAAUGGAGAGAGGUUUAUCAGAAAAAUACACAGAUCGAACUUCUCCUGUAAAACGACAUAUGGACCACAUGGUCAGCAUCGGUGCGGAACCAGGUCUGAUUCAACCAAGGAUGAACAACAUGACCUCAGAUGUUGUCAAACUCUAUGCAUACGCAGCCAGGGAAUACUUAAAGAAAUAUCCCGAUACUACAGUGGAUGACUUUGUAAACAUUGCUUAUAAAAAUCACAAACAGAGUGUCAACAACCCCUGGGCUACCAUACAGAAAGAGAUCUCUAAGGAAGACAUUAAGUCCAAGCUAAUGCUGUGUUUUCCCAUCACAUUCUGGAUGUCUGCUCCAACAGCAGACGGUGGAGCUGCAGCUAUCGUCUGCAGCGAGGAAUUCAUGGUCAGAAACAACUUACAGCGACAAGCAGUGGAAAUCCUUUCUCAGCACAUGGUAACUGAUACCAGUGCGUCUUUUCAGGAGAGUUUCAUGGAUUUGUCUGGCUACCACAUGGCUAGAGAGGCAGCCACCAGGUGCUACAGAGAUACUGGAUUGUCUCCCACAGAUGUGGAUGUUUUAGAAGUACACGACUGUUUCUCAUGUAAUGAGCUGUUCAUGUAUGAAGCCUUGCAGUUAGCCCCAGAGGGUAAAGGAGCAGAGCUUAUAAGAAAUGGUAAAUGGGUGACAAACCGCAACAAUGGACAGAUAUGUGUUUUAAACAAUAAAUGGGUUGUGAAUCCUUCUGGGGGACUGGAGUCCAAAGGUCAUCCAAUCGGUGCAACAGGCAUAGCACAAUGUGUUGAACUUGUUAACCAGCUCAGAGGACUGGCUGAUAAGAAACAAGUGGAUGGGGCCAAAAUAGCCAUGCAGCAUAACUUUGGUAUAGGGGGUGCUGCAGUUGUAACCAUGUACAAGAAAUACCAGCCACUUCCAAUGUCUGCCAAACUGUGAAAAUAUCAAAGCAGAAAACAACUCUUGCCUCAAUAUGAACAGAGAAUUUGCUAUGCUUUUAAGUUCAAUUUGUAUGUUCUAAUCUUAAUGAACAUAAAUUAAGAAAUGGCUGUGAUUUUCAAUAGAUUUCAUUGUUUUUGUUGCUAUAUAUAGCAUAAUUUUUUUGCAUAAUAAAGGUAAAACAUUAAAAUUACCUAGCUGGUACAUGUCAUGCAUUUCAUAAACUAACAGAUUUAAAUAUAAUUUUAAAAUUGUAAUGUGCAGUUUGGGUAAUUUUUUAAUGAAAUACAUGUAACCUAGUGUAGUAUUUAAACACCAUUGACCAAAUAUUAAUUUUGAGCAAUACAUGCUACAUUGUAUUAUUUUCUUCAGCAUAUUUGUUGGUAUAAUAGUUUACAAUCAAUAUAUUAUUGGAGAAUGCUGAAAUUGUUAUAUGCUAUUUUGCUUGUUUAUAAAUCAAAGUAUCACUCAUACUUUACUUUGGGGAGAUGAUUUGUUAACUGCUGCAGAGAAAGAGUACUUUUUCUCAGUUGUACAAAUAUUUAUCAGAGAGUCAUAUUUGAAUUGAAACAGUAUUUUUUUUUAAUGUGAUAUUACUAAGUUUUCAUUGUUAAACUCUUAACUAUAUCUGUAAAAGUUUCCAUUGGCAGGUAAAAUUAUUUAUUUGUUUAGUACAUCACUGUUUAAUGUUAAGAAGUAUUAUUUUAUUUUAUUUAUUUAUUUUUUUUUUUGAAGGUUUAAUUUUAAAAUUCCAAGGUUAUGAAAAAUUGUUCAUAGUAAAUCAGCCUUUUAUUUCUUAAUUCCAAGUCCUAUAAAUAUUUAAUUCUUUUGAUAUUUUAUAGUACAGUAAUCAUUUGCAAGACCUCUUCCACUCAUUCAUGUAAUAUAUGUGCUAAUACAUGUAUAUUGUUAACAUUUAAACAGUGCUAAAAUUUAAAAAUGCACAAAUUUAAUAGGGCUAUGAUACAUGUACUAUAUAGUAUUUAAAAAAUACAUACAAUUAUGAUUUUGCAUAUAUAAGGAUGUCAAUCAUAAUUUUGUUUUCUGUAAUUAGAAAUGGAACUUUAAUUACUGUGGAAUCAUUUAAAUUCGUGGGGGACAAUGUUCGUGGGCAUGCAAAAUUUUAUUGGUUCAUGGGGAUGUAAUUUCGUGGGCAGCUCAUUUAUUUGGUAGAUUUAAUUAAUUAGUACGUUGGCAAAAUAAUUGUUCGUGGGGAUGUAAAUUCGUGGGUAAGGGUCACCCACGAAAUCCACGAACAUUGAUCCCCCACUAAGAAUGAUGAUUCCACAGUACCUCACAGUAAUCAUUGAUUGAUUUAAAAAGGAUAUAUUUGAGUGUUAUAUUUUUACAUAAAUAAUUAUUAAUGACCUGUGACAAUCAUUGAAAAAAAAAAUUUGAAUGAAAUAUAUUUGUUCAUGCAUAUAUACUGAAAUGAAAAUCUGUCAAUGUGGAUAAUCCUCUUAUUUGUAAGAGUUGCUACAAUUAUCCCGGUUUAAUUUUAUUCAGAUAAAAUGGUAAUUUAUUAUG